GAGCGCUGGAGAGUGGAGUCAAGUCUUGGAACAGCUCCUUUUAAGUCAUGUGUCUUUUUGCUGCGGUGGAGAAGAGGUGCUCCGUUGAACGCUAUGUACAAAGGAACACCUACAUUUUACGCGGAAUGGAGUCAACUUAAAUACACAUUAAUUUUCUUAUCCAAAUUCAAUUUUGAAUAACUGCGGAUUAUUCUAAAUGUUCUGUGUGUGAGCUGCUUCUUCAGUGAUCAUUGCAUCAUGUUACCAGUCUAAUUUAGGGGUGCCAGAUUCGUCAGGAUGGCAAUGCCGAAUAAAGUUUCAAUUGAAAGACAUCAGUAUUCUCCAAGAUGAUUUCUUACCAUUUAUUCACUCAGUAACUGGUUGAUUAGUGUACAUUUUAUAGGUGUUGCAUGGACUAACUAUAUUAUUGUCACCAGCAGAACACCAAAACAAUGGAUCCCUUGGUCACCACAACUGAUUUACAGUUGCCAAGCAAUUGGACCAACUCUUCAGGGGUCAAUGGAACUGAUCAGGACUGGAACCAGUUUGUGCAACCCGUUUGGAGAAUUGUGCUAUGGGCAUUCGCCUACAGUUGCAUGGUUACUGUGUCUCUGGUGGGGAACGUCGUAGUAAUUUGGAUCAUUAUGGCGCAUAAACGAAUGCGAACUGUGACCAACUAUUUUCUGUUGAACCUCGCGUUUGCUGAAGCGUCUAUGUCUGCCUUCAACACCGUUAUCAACUUCAUCUAUUCCGUGCACAACGAGUGGUACUUCGGGCUGAUGUACUGCCGCUUUCACAACUUCUUCCCCGUCGCUGCUGUCUUCGCUAGUAUAUACUCUAUGACUGCGAUAGCGGUGGACAGGUACACUGCCAUCAUCCACCCCCUGCAGCAACGCAUGUCAUCCACAGAGACCAAGGUGAUCGUGGGGGUGAUCUGGGUGCUGGCUCUGCUUCUGGCCUUCCCUCAAUACUACUACUCAAUGACCGAGGAGCUCCCUGGACGAAUCAUCUGUUACAUCGAGUGGCCCAAAUACACCGGCUGCGACUACAAGAUUCUGUACUACGUAUGUGUGACUGUGCUGAUCUACUUCCUGCCUCUGCUGGUGAUGGGCUGUGCCUACCUAGUGGUGGGCCUCACCCUCUGGGCCAGUAACAUACCUGGAGACUCCUCUGACCGCUACAAGGAGCAGCUCACUGCCAAACGCAAGGUGGUGAAGAUGAUGAUCGUGGUGGUGUGUACGUUUUCUCUCUGCUGGCUGCCCUACCACGUGUACUUCCUGCUCCACCUGUUCUUCCCCCUCCUGUUUGAGACGCUCUACAUCCAACAGGUGUACCUGGCUGUCAUGUGGCUGGCCAUGAGCUCCACCAUGUACAACCCUAUCAUCUACUGCUGUCUCAACGAUAGGUUUCGAGCUGGCUUCAAGCAGGCCUUCAGCUGCUGUCCCUGUGUCCCCGCCGGCUCCUACGAGGGUCUGGAGCUCAAGUCCACACGUUACCUGCAGACCCAGGCCAGCAUGUACAAGGCCAGCCGCAUGGAGACCAACGUGUCCACCGUGCUGCAUGUGGCCAACGACCUGGAGCCUCCCAGGUUUGGGGCCCUAUCUGUGGCCGGGUGUGGGUCCGAGGCGCGGGGGUUUAGCGGAGGGGGAGGGGGGUUGUGUGCGGUAGCGGCACCCAGGCGAUCCUCUCUGGACCUGACCUCUAACGGCUCCUCGUCCCGCAGUGUCCCCAAGAAUGUGUCGGAGACCUCCAGCUUCUACUCUAGCAAAAACCUGCCUGAGUAGAGAGGGGAGAGGAGAAUCAGGCACCGCUAAACACUCUAUCUCACUAUACCUGCCAAUGGGGGCUGUGUUUGUGUAUGUGUGUGCAUGCAUGCGUGUGCACAUAUAUUCCAUCCAUGUUUGUCUUUGACCAUUUACAAAAUGUCCUUUUUUUUAAUGUUGGGCAUCAAGUCUACCGCCUGUGGCUGAGGCUUGGUUGGUUCCCCUUCAGAGGGCAGUGUGCUUAUCCAGUGGUCCUUGGUUUAAACUAAGGCAGUAAGGCAUAUCUAGGGUACACUGCCUGGUACCUGCUAUAGCCCAGAGAGAUACUGUAAGGGCUGGGUUCAUGACUGGGUAACAAGAUUGGGUCAAUACAGGACAAGACUGGGUCAAUACAGGACUAGACUGGGUCAAUACAGGACUAGACUGGGUCAAUACAGGACUAGACUGGGUCAAUACAGGACUAGAUUGGGUCAAUACAGGACUAGAUUGGGUCAAUACAGGACUAGAUUGGGUCAAUACAGGACUAGAUUGGGUCAAUACAGGACUAGAUUGGGUCAAUACAGGACAAGAUUGGGUCAAUACAGGACAAGAUUGGGUCAAUACAGGACUAGAUUGGGUCAAUACAGGACUAGAUUGGGUCAAUACAGGACAAGAUUGGGUCAAUACAGGACUAGAUUGGGUCAAUACAGGACAAGACUGGGUCAAUACAGGACAAGACUGGGUCAAUACAGGACUAGAUUGGGUCAAUACAGGACAAGACUGGGUCAAUACAGGACAAGACUGGGUCAAUACAGGACUAGAUUGGGUCAAUACAGGACAAGACUGGGUCAAUACAGGACAAGACUGGGUCAAUACAGAACUAGAUUGGGUCAAUACAGGACAAGACUGGGUCAAGACAGGAUACAAUUGGGUCAAUACAGGACAAGGCUGGGUCAAUACAGAACAAGGUUAAUACAGGACACAGCACUAACUGAACCCGAUAACCUUCACACUAUCCACACACCUUCAACUAUCAGAAUGUAUCCAAUACUUAUCUAGCAAUUGACAUUUGCUUCUAAGGACCCACUCACCACACACACACAGUGGUGUAUGAGUUCAUAUUAUCACCCGUACUUCUGAAUGGUGCAUUCAUGUUUGAUUGCCGCUCCCGUGCUGGAAGCACAGUCAGUCCUCACAGUAUAGUGGUUUUCUCAGUUUGUCAGAAACAUAUGAUAACCUUGCCAUUCCUGUAGCAUCUCCUUAGCCCCUAUAGUGGAGCCCAGGGUUAACAAGCCCGCACUCCAUGGGACACACACUUUGAAACAGAUUAUUGUGGCUGAGUUGUGUUUAGCUGGUGGCCUGUCAGCAUGUAGACUUCAGGGGGAUAAUGUGGGAUAGAGCUGAACAAACAGACCCUAACCUGAACAGUGUUAGUCAGCUGUGUACAAGACAACAGGAGAGAAAAGUGGUGUGAUUACAGAGGCAGAGAACCUGCACUGUGAGGACUUCCUCUUAUACAGCAUGCUCUUAGUGACAGUAAAGGCUAGAUGGAUUGUGUUUUCGGGGAUGAUGUUAGUUCUUAUAACUAGCGAUGGGAAGAUGUGCCUGGAUACUUAGCAUAAUGCAGAUAUGAGAGGAAGGGAAGCAGCUUAGAGGCCAUGCUCUCUUUAUGAGACUUCUGGGUCUCAAAUGGAACCCUAUUCCCUUUACAGUGCGCUACUUUUGACCAGAGUCCUAUGGACCCUGUUCAAAAGUAGUACACUAAAUAGGGAAUAGGGUGUCAUUUGGCAUGCAACCUCUGUGUGAGACUGAGUCCAGCAGGAGGGAGCUAUUUUAGCUGUGUGUAAUGAUUCUUGAUGUGUCACAGCAGUUCCUGUCUACCCCGCCAUCUGAAACCCAACAAUGACACAUCAUAUGUUUGUAUGAUGUUCAGCACACACAUCCCCACACAAUCACACAUUCUCAAACAGACACACUGACACCCACAGUUGUUCACACAUCAGACAGAGGGAAACUCUUCUUCCAACACACACAUGCACAUGCAUGGGUGUGCUUACACACACACCCCCACACACACUUUGACCAGAGUAAAAUGAGCACAGUAGUCAUCUCAGAUCUCCGGCAGGUUUGAUGUGGAGUUUCAGCCUGGUAACACUAGGUCAACAUGAUCUAGAGGGCAGAGGGGACAGGAGGGGUAACAGAGUAACACCUGUUACUUCAUAUCUCUGGGCCUUGUAAGAGUGAGUUUAUUGGUAGUGUGGAAUAUACACUGAACAAAAAUAUAAACACAUCAUGUAAAGUGUAGGUCCCAUGUUUCAUGAGCUGAAAUAUAAUAUCCCAGAAAUAUUCCAUACUCACAAAAAGCUUAUUUUGCUCAAACAAUGUGCACAAAUGCAUUAACUUCCCUGUUAGUGAGCAUUUCUCCUUUGCCAAGAUAAUCCAUCCACCUGACAGGUGUGACAUAUCAAGAAGCUGAUUAAACAGCAUGAUCAUUACACAGGUGCACCUUGUGCUGGGGACAAUAAAAGGCCACUCUAAAAUGUGCAGUUUUGUCACACAACACAAUGCCACAGAUGUCUCAAGUUUUGAGGGAGCGUGCAAUUGGCAUGCUGACUGCAGGUAUGUCCACCAGAGCUGUUGCCAGAUAAUUGAGUGUUCAUUUCUCUACCAUAAGCUGCCUCCAACGUUGUUUUAGAGAAUUUGCCAUUACGUCCAACCGGACUCACAACAGCAGACCACGUGUAUGGCGUUGUGUAGGUGAGCGGUUUGCGGAUGUCAACAUUGUGAACAGAGUGCCCCAUGGUGGCGGUGGGGUUAUGGUAUGGGCAGACAUAAGCUAUGGACAACAAGCACAAUUGCAUUUUAUCGAUGGCAAUUUGAAUGCACAGAAAUACUGGGACGAGAUGCUGAGGCACAUUGUGGGGCAAUUCUUUUUUAAGGUGUCUGUGACCAACAGAUGCAUAUCUGUAUUCCCAGUCAUGUGAAAUCCAUAGAUUAGGGCCUAAUGAAUUUAUUUAAAUUGACUGAUUUUCUCAUAUAUGAACUGUAACUCAGUCAAAUCUUACAAAUUGUUGUAUGUUGUGUUUAUAUUUGUAUUCAGUAUAUAAUCUACUAUAUAAUCUACAAUAUAAUCUACUAUAUGUAAUAUAUCUACCAGAGACAGUAACUGAGGAGUGACAGUGCAGAAAGAAUAGUUAUCUAAUUACAAUGGGAUAAGUAGAUAUUCUACGCACCCAAUUAUUUACAUUUUAAUGGGAUGUUUUGUGUGUGUGUGUGCUUGCGUGCGUGUGUGUGUAUGUGUGUGUGUCUGCGUCUGCGUGUUGACAGUUACAUGUCUCAGUGGGCCCAGUAAUCUGUAAAACAGAGGCCAGGAUACACCAGACAUUCCAUUACUCCUGUAGACAGCAACUAAAUGAAACACGCCUUGCAACUGAUUAAUUUACCAUGGGGAACCAGGUAGGCUGUUAUUCUCUGCAAACAAGCUCUCCCAGGCACAGACACUAGUCUAGCUAAAAAGGCAUUGCUCUCUUACAGUUAGUCAGACAACAUACGGACUGAAUACUAAAACCAAAAAUAGACCAAACACUCAGUUUCAAAAUGCUGCAGAAUGUUUUUCCAUUUCAGAUGGCAGGUUCAAGUGGGGAUUUUGUCAAAGACAGGCAACUGAAUGCGUAAUCAACCGCUUUCAAAACCCACCUGUUAAUUGACAAUGUUCCAGGUUGGAUGGUAGGUUGUUUAAGAAAGCAGUGUUGGUUUUGAUCACUGUAGUGAUGGAGACAAUACGUUUGCCUUGUUCCUGUGGGCUGGGAGAGAGCUGGCACCAGGCUGACUACUCAACUGGGUGAAUGUCCUCAUCAGUGCCAUCACUCUUCAAUCACACUAAUUACCCACAAGAAAAGAGAGAGACUGAACAGAGAGAGAGACAGAACAACUGCACACACACAUUGAGAGAAGCACACAGGCAAAGACACAGGGUAAAAAGAGAAGAUAUCUCUUUUGUCGUAAGAGUAAUUCUAAAAUGGUGUGUCUGUGCAGAGGUAGUGUUUGUAUUCAUUAAAACGUGAGGCCCAGUUAGGUAAAAAAAAAAUGAAAAGAUGGUUGUAAGUGUGUGCAUGUGUGUGUGAUGUGUUUUUCACUUACCUGUAUGUAGGAGUCUACCAUCUACAUGAUGGACCCUGACUGCUGCAGCGCAUCAUGAGAUGUGCUUAUCUCUGCUACAGUGACCUGAGUGGUUACUGCUUUGAUGGUCCCAGCUGUACUGCUAGAUAGCAGCUCAUACACAGCUUAUAGUAUACCACAGUUACACUUGCGUUCCAAAUGGAACCCUAUUCCCCAUAUGGAAUAGGUAGCCAUGGGACGCACACACAGUGCUCUCUGAUACAGUGCUGAAUGAGCAGUUCAUAUGGUGUGUGGACCUCUUUGUACAUAGUACAGUUAUGUUUGGGAUGUUCUUUAUGUACAGUAUAACAUUGUUGUUUCUUUGAAAUGUAAUUGUCAAUCAUACCAGUUCACUUCCUACUGUAAUGUUACAAACACUUGCUUGUUUGCUACUAUACAUGGCUUGGCUUGUGAGGUCUGUGUUGAUCGCUGUUGUACAUUUUGUUUUGAAUGUAACUGUCGAGCUCGACAUCACAUGAAAGCGGUUGAAAAUAUUCAACUAUUACAGCUGCUGUGAUGGGGUUUACAAGCUGUCAGAGGAAGAAAUGGCAUGAUGCAACUUUGAUCUCUCUAUUGCAUUAAUCUAUCAAAUGGAUUUCUCUUGUCAGGCUGUUGACCUCCCUGAGGCACUGUUGAACAUUUCUGAUACUUUGUCUGACAACUACACUGACUGAACUAUUAGCCCAGUAGGCAGCAUCCAUGGGGGAGGAUCUCUGUUACAACACAACAUGUAUCACAGGCCAGUGCCAUAUAGCGGAGUCUCCUCCUCUGGCUACUAUCAGCAACUAUAUCCCAAAUAUCGAGAACCCUCUUGCAGUACAUUUUUUCGUGGCUGGGGGAGGAUUCUAAACAGAAUGUUGCACUGUAUUAAAGUAUCACUUUGAUAUUUCAUGCGUUCAUAUGUGUUAUUAUGUGUAAUUUCAGACAUGUGUUUCAUUUGUAUAUCUUACUCUUGUUGGGAGUUAUUAUGUCAGCAUUGUGAACGGUACUUAUUACAGUAUUAUCAAUAUAUUUUUUAACAGGAUUCAUUAGUAAAACAAUCCAAGGUAUUUACAAAGUCAGUAUUAUUUUACACUCAACCACUAUCUCUGAUCUACAUUAUCAGAUGUUUUGUGGAGUUAGUUUGCCUUUUAAAGUGUAACUAUAUUGUUCGUUGUUUUCAAGGUACAGCUCAAUAUUGUGUUAAUGUUAUGAAUAAAUGUUACCUUUUAUUGGAGCUACCUUUUUAAUUCACCAUCAGUUUGGCAGGAAUAGUGUACCCUGUAGUAUUUAUUAUGGCUUCACACAAAUAAUCUAACAAUGUUUCAGUGUAGAUAAAGUUUAAACAUCAAUUCAUAACGAAUACAUCGAAAGCAAACCUGCAGACCUUAGCAGAGAAACAGCACCUUUAGCUAAAUAAUGUUGGGGAAUCACUAAAACAUCACAGGCAAGUUAGCUCUGGGAGCAGCACGGUCUGGUCUCUACCUCAUUGUAAUUCCUGACCUUCAGUUGAGUCCUCACCAGACAGAGGAGAGGAGAGGAGAGAAGAGGGAGAGAAGAGGGAGCAGUGAGCUAAGCGCCUCGUGUCAGAUUAAGAAUAUUUGUGUUUGGACUGGACCUUUGUUGUCUGUCUGUGAAAGGAGAGUAGAGGACAGUCUGUGCGUAUUAAACUCCAAUCUAUCUGCAUGGGCCUGGCCAGAGUCUGGCUGUCCACAUCUCUGUAGACCCGUCUGAAAAGGAGUGACUCAUAGGCCAUGUACUUUAUCUGUAAGUAAGUGUAGGUUCCAAAUGGCACCUUAGUCCCUUCAUAGUGCACUACUUUUGACGAGAGCCUAAUGUGCCCUGGUCAAAAGUAGGGCACUAUAAAGGGAAUACGGUGCAAAUCACAGACAGGGGCUUGGCUGUCCGGAAGCAGUUUGUCUUAGAAUCAUCUGACCAUAACAAAGGUUUCCAUCCUAUUUCAAGGAAAAUAUAAGAAUAGACCUGUAAGAGCAGUCCUGCAUGGUUGUAAAGCGAUCAAGUCGCAGCCCAAUACUUCAAUUGCCUUGGUGACGAAUGCAUUAGGAGAUAGAAGUGAAGUUGACAGAUAUGAGCAGAAUAGGCAAUGAGAUACAAAAUGAUAUUGACAGCAUGAAGAGAUUGAAAGAGAAGAGGGAGACAGAGAGACUGACAGAGGGGAGGAGGCGGUGAGGGAGUAUAGAGGAAUUCAUGCUGAGAUUGAUUAUCACGUUGGGCACCAACACGGUGGCUCCCGACGGAUCUGCAGCUCAUGUAAAUAAAUCCAGAUUUUCUUCAUUCACUCAUCUCACUUCUUCUCAAAAGCAUAUCACCUCACUCGAAGAGAGAGGCAGGAGGGAGGGGGGGUCUGAUAGAGAGAGAUAGCCAAUAGACAACUUGAGUGCACUAGCUAGAUUCUUCAACGAUCACCCCUAGAGAAGGAGUGUGUGUGUGUCUUUAGCGGCCUGAGCAGCCGUGCAGUGAUUAGUGUCGGUGUGAGUGGCAGGUGGUAGGAGAGCAGUAAGGGGAUUGUGAGAAGCUGCUCUCCACUGAGACUUUGUUUCACUCCACUACAUGACUGUUACUUGCCAAAGGAUACCGAUACUACCGUUACCCUUGUUUACACUGAGCUGCACAGAGGUCAGAACGCAAUCAUGGUUACAUUAACACACCGUGGAGCCGGCAUGAGAUAUGGUUCGGAAAACGUACCUCAAUGCAGGGAGGGAUAUGGCACUGUACUCCAAAUUUGACCUUUAUCCACACUGCUCCAUUGAGAAGAUUGAAAUACUGCUUGUUUUCCUGGAAAACGGCCCUUUUCGGCCUCAUGCUAGCUAGCAGUAGCCACAGGAGCCAUUAUGGAAUGGCACAUUGCAUUGAACAACAAAAGAGUUGAUUGGCUGACACUGCCAUUCCAAAAUUGCUGCGGUGGCUACUGCUAGCUAGAAUGAGGAAGUAAAGGGCAGUUUUCUGGGAAAAUAUUCAGUAUUUCAAUCUUCUCGAUGUAUCAGUGUGUACAAAGGUCAACUUUUGAGUACAGUGGCAUAUCCCAUCCCUGCAUUGAGGUACGUAUUCCGACCCAUAUCUCGUGAUGGCUCCACAGUGUCUUAAUGUAACCAUGAUUGCGUUCUGACCCCAGCACAGUUCACUGUAAACAAGAUUGUCACUGUCUUGCCUGCCUGCUAGGGUUCUCGUGCUGCUUUCCUUUAUCAAGCACAUCAUCUCCCAUUAUCAUACAAUAUUGUGCGAUCACACAGUGUAAGUGGAUCUUCUUAUGUUCGUACCAGUGUCCGCCCUUCCUUCCUCUCUCUCGUCUUGAUGUGCAUAAGAUGGGACUUGAUCCGAGGGUCGUUAGACGAUAUUUCUCUCUUCAGAUGUUCUGCUCUGAUUGUCAUAAGGGUUUCCCCUGUUGUGGUUCACUCAAACGAUGUACAUACUGUACAUUUAAAUUCAACAACCACCAAUAAAGGCUCCUUUUGUUGAGACAAA